UCAGCAAACAUUAAUUUUUUGAGCAGCAAAGCAGCAGCCUAGAAGAUGAACAUUCUACCAAAAAAGAGUUGGCACGUUCUGAACAAGGAUAACAUCGCCAAAGUCCGGAGAGAUGAAGCCCAAGCUCGAGCUGAGGAGGAAGAGAAGGCGUCCCGUGCCGCCAUAGCCGAACAAGAGGCAAGGCUUGGAGCUAUGAGGAAGAGGGCGAGAGAGAAAGACGGUGUGGAGGAGGAGGAGAGAGGUGGGGGGAAGGAGAGGGGGAGGAAAGAGAAGAGAGAAGAGUGUUCCGUGACUGAUGCCAGCGGACAUAUCAACUUUUUCACUGAUCUUCAGAAGGGGAUAGGUCUCCAGGUCGGUAAUGUUGAGAGAGAGAAGGAGAUGAAACAGGAGCAGGAGAAACUGGAGAAGAGGAUCGGACUUCUCAACUACCUCGUUGACAAAGACACAUGAUGAUGGUAUUAUUCUGCCCGACCAGAGUCGGACAAUGUGCCGUGGUACGUCAAGUCCGGUAGAGGUGGAGCUGGAGUGGAGGCGGAGGGGAGGAAGAGUGCCAAGGCAGAGGCGAGGAAGGAGCUGCAGGAUCCUCUGCUGGAGAUGAGAGGACAUCUCGAGGCCAAGAGGAAGAGGGAAGAGGUGGUGGGUGUGGUAGGGGGUGUGGUCUCAGGGGCUGGAGCAGUGCAGGGUAUAUCACACAGUAGUAGUCAGCGAGGGAGGUUGUCCUCUGGCAAGAGUGAAGGAUACAGAGAAGGCACCAGUAGUGAUAGACACAGUGAGAAACACAAGAGUCGUGGACACAAGAAGAAGAAAAGCAAAAGGGAAGAGAAAGAGGAGAAGAAGAAGGAGAAGAAAAAGAAAAAGGGGGAGGGAGAGGAUGAAAUAGAGAAACUGAGGAGAGAGAGGAGGAAGAGGGAAGAUGCAGAGAGGAUGCGAUCAGAGGCUGUAAUUAGGGGGCUGCAGGGAGGCGGGGGCAACAGCUUGAGUCAACCAGAAGCAGUAGUCGAGAAGGGGUCUGGGAGGUACAACAGUCAGUUCAAUCCUCAUCUUGCAAGACAACACAAGUAGCUUUAUAUCACUUAUACCAUGACUUUCAUGUGCUCAAAUUUCUGAACUCUCAUUUAGUCUAAUGACAUGCUCACAAACGAGAUAUCGUUCGGUGUUUGUU